AAAUUAGAAGAUUGGGAAAUAGUCGAAACUCUAGGUACAGGAACUUUCGGUAGAGUUUUACUCGUUCGACAAAGACCAUCAUAUCGACCUACAUCAUAUCAUCCAAUAUUUCCACAUUUAUAUCAAUCACAUUCCCCUUUAUCUCCAUCACCUUCUUCAACUCAAUCUGCCGAUGGACAAUUACCACAUUUCGCCAUGAAAGUUUUACGUAAAUCUGAAAUUGUAAGAUUAAAACAAGUCGAACAUAUAAAUUCAGAACGUUCAAUACUUUCUUUAGUCCGACAUCCUUUUUUAGUAGAACUUCAUUCUACAUAUCAAGAUUCUUUAAACGUUUACAUGUUACUUUCUUAUAUACCCGGUGGAGAAUUAUUUUCACAUUUAAGAAGAGCAGGUAGAUUCUCACCAGAUGUCACUAGGUUUUAUCUAGCAAGUAUAAUUUUAGCUAUUGAUUAUUUACAUACUCGUAAUAUAAUUUAUAGAGAUUUAAAACCUGAAAAUCUUUUAUUAGAUAGAAAAGGUUAUUUACGUAUAGCGGAUUUCGGUUUCGCUAAGAUUAUAGAAGAUAGAACUUAUACACUUUGUGGUACACCUGAAUAUUUAGCACCUGAAAUUGUUUUAUCUCAAGGUCAUGGUAAAGCUGUCGAUUGGUGGGCUUUAGGAAUAUUAGCUUUUGAAAUGUUAGUUGGUUAUCCACCUUUUUUCGAUGAUCAUCCUUUAGGAAUAUACGAAAAGAUUUUAAAGAAUCAAGUUUUUUUCCCUAAUCAUGUGGAUCCUUGGGGUAGACAUUUGAUAAAAGGUUUAUUGACACAAGAUAGGAGUAAAAGGUUAGGUAAUUUAAAAGGUGGUGCUGGGGAUGUUAUGGGACAUGCUUGGUUUUCAGGUGUAGAUUGGGGUAGUUUGGAAAGGAAAGAGAUUUCAGCUCCUAUUGUACCUAGGUUGGCUAGUAUGGGCGACUCACAAAACUUUCAACGUUACACACCCCCAGUACCAGAAGAACUACCAGGUAUAUUCGGAGAACAUUACGAUCCGACAUACGAUCCAUUCGCUUCUAUAUUUGCCGACUUUUCAUUCCCU